ACUUUGGCGGCGGCGCCCGCGAAGCAGGAGCCCAACUUGCGAGCCGGCUGCCGGGCUUGAUCGCUGCGGGCUGCCGGCACUGCGGCGCUGCGGCGGGCGAGGACAUGGCCGGAGGCUGGCUCGGGGCGGCCUUGCUGGGACUCCAUCUCUGCUCUGUGACGCUGGCCUUGGACGUCUCGGUGGGCAAGGCAACCACCAUCUCCACACAGAACGGCUCGGAUGUCCUCCUGCCCUGCACGUUCACUGCCUGCAUUGGCUUUGAGAAUGCGGAGUUCUCUUGGUGGUUCAACUCUACCAAACUGUAUGCUGGGACUGUGCGCAACAAAAACUCCAAGCCCGUCUGUAAGCAUUGUAACCCACGGGUUGAACUCCCCGAAGUGACCCUCCACAAAGACAGCAGAGAGUACAACCUGUCCGUCAUUCUCCUGUCUGUGGACUUCAGCGACUCGGGGAAAUACACCUGUGUGGUCAAGAACCCCAAGGAGAAAGGGGCCGAGCACAAUGCCACCCUCUCCCUGCUGGUGGUGGUGGAGCUGGAGAAGGUGGACAAGACGCUGGCCAAGAUCAUUGCAGCGGUCGUGGGGGGCGUCAUCGGGCUGCUGAUCCUCAUCUUGCUGGUCAAGAAACUCAUCCUGUUCAUUCUCAAGAAGAAGAAGGAGAAGAACAAUGAGUGCCUCGUGAGCUCCUCAGGAAAUGACAACACAGAAAACGGGCUGGCCGGUUCCAAAGCAGACCGAAAACCUGCCCCCAAGGCCUGAUGCGGUGGAAAUGGUAGCCUGGGAGCCUCUGAAAUCCAGGCCCAGGGGAGAAGAAGGGUCUACUUAUUGCAAAAGUUUGAUGCUUGAGACACGACUAUAUAACACACCUGCCUGCAACCAAUGCUGCUUCACAGAUAAGACUGCGCACUUUGGGCCUGUGGGCGGGCAUGGAGCUGCCCACUGCCUAGGGGCGGCAGGGGAAAGGCACCAGCCCAGCCCCUUCUGGGGCAAGAAGGGGAUGUGGGCUCAGGCAGGUCUUGAGCCACAGUGGCGCCUGGUGGGGGGUGAGCCCUCAGGAUCAUGGGCUCUGUGCCCGGAAUUCCUCUGCAGGGAGGCGUCUGGGCCAUGCCCUCCGCUCAGCCAACUCGCUUCAGGAGCUGGAACCACUUCCUUGAGCCUCGGAGGGUCAGGCAGCGGUGGCGGGCAGACUGGAACAGGGAAGGGGGCAGCGGGUGGGCGUUCUGCCCAGGUGGGGAGUGGGCCUGCCUUCCCUGCCCAUUGUGUCCUGCAUCCUGGGGGGACGUGGCCCCUGUGCUGCUGCCCCUCCCCCCUCUGACAGCAUUCUGUCUGGGUGGGGCCCAGGACUGCUUGUGCUUUGGAGAGCUUGCCUUGGGGGUGGAGGCUGCAUGCCCUCCCCCUCCUCUCCCCCUAAUGCAGCUAGGCCAGGAGACAAUGAAGGCUCUUGUCUCCCAGCUCCUUGUUCAGCACUGGCCUGGCUCUUUUUUGGCUGCACCAGGGCCUCCGCAAGAAAGCAAAUCCAGUUACUUCUCACUACCCUGCCAGGCUACCCAACUGUGCCCCCCCCCACUCCUGCAUGUUGCCCACCAGCCCCUGGCCAGCAGAGAAGGCCUUCCAGCAUUCUUGGUGUGUGUGUGUGUGUGUGUUUGUGCUGGCCUGAGCCCAGCCUUGCCUGCAGCACAGAUGAGGCAGCGGCAGUGUGAUGUGGGCAGGAGUGCAGCAGGACUUGAGCUGGGCAGCAGCGGCUGCAACUCAGCCACGUGGGCUGCCUCUGAGCGUGGCAUGCAAAGCCCCAGUGGCCUCAGAGUCCCUCCCCAGUGGGGACUGUGCCCCAGCGGAGCCCCCUGGCCCAGAAGCACCGGCCCUGCUUGCCUGUGGAGCCCCUCUGGGUGUCCUUCCAGGGCGCUUCCGGCACUGGGCUUUUGUGUUCUGUUUUAGAGGCUCGGAAUAGGGAAGGGGGAGCUGCAGGAGGAGGAGGCAGGACUGGGCGGAUCCUGCCCCUCCUGGACUUCUAGCUCUUGACAGCCAUUGCUAGUGCAUUUUCAAUUUUUUAACCAUGAGGGCUAGAUACUUUUUAAAAAAUAAGAAAGCUGAUCUUUUGUCAAUUCCGCUCAAGAUACCAAAGUCCAUCAGAGAUUGUUUUUCUGUGCUGCAUGGCCAGUUGCAACUAGCACAUUUGUGAAACUCCUGGUGCCCGGCUGUUCCAGGAGGCAAGCGGAGGUUGCCGUUUGAGUUCAGUGAGAUUUCUGGCAGAAGUCUCUCACACUCACCACCUCUUUUCACACGUCUUUAAGCAAAACUUCAAGCGAUUCGGGACAUACCUUGUCUAACUGAUGGCUGUGUCGAAUGUUUGCUAUAGGAAAUGCAAUCCGUUCCUCGGGGCAGGGUUUUGCUCCUGCCUCCAGCUCAGACCAUUGGGUAGCUUUAAGAAGUCAUAUCCCUCCCCUGUGCCUCAGUUUCCCAAGCUGUAAACUGGGGCUGUAAUCUUGACCUACCUCACAUGGGGGUGUGAGGAGGCUCCACUGCUCAGGGGCUCUGUGGGGGAGGUAAAUUGGAAUGGCGUUUUAGCAGCAAUGGUUUUUUUCCUGCUCUCCUUUACCAAUUAGUUUUGUUUCUAAUUUUGUAAACCUAGUCCUUUUGCAUUGUUUACCAGACGUCUCAUGCAAUUUGAUUACCUAGUUUUAUACCAUGUAAUUUGCCUUGAGCCUCAGUGAGAAAGGCGGGCUAGAAAUAAAGUAGGUAAAUAAUAAACUAUUCUGUUCCGAGA